ACCUCGAGUCUACAGUUUCUCCUAAAGCGAAAGCAACUAACUCAAAAAUUUUCUUUCAGGUGCCAGCAAUACACAGUCAGUUCAAAGAUUUACUAAGAAUAGAUCGUUGACAGUUCAGCUUUGUGCUCCUCUGUAAAAUCUAUUCUAUUUAAUGCCUUUUCUCUCCGUUCUAGGCGUUACUUUAAGCACUGAGUCGACGCGCCAUCUAUUGGGUCACGGCUAUAAUUAUAACCGUCGGACAACAGUAGCGACCAUCCCCUACGGUAUAGAAGGGCCAGCUGCGUGGUGCGAUCCGAUAGAUCAUAGUAAUGGGACUGCUAGGCGAUAGAGCGAGCGCGCGACAUCGCUCGUUAAUAAUCCACCUGAUUACCCGACGAUCCGUGCAAGGCCGACGGACAUGUUGUUUCGCUUGUUUUGUCGUCCGUCGGUUGAUUUAGGUGGAUGAGGGGAAAAAAUAAAUGUAUAGGGAGUUGGUAAGGAGGAUAAAAAAUUGUCAGUUAAAAAAAAUUAAAGGAAAGUGUAUACCUGCGUAAAGUGUAAGGAGAUUUCGUGCUGGAAACUCAUGAAUUGAAUAUAGCAAGGUAGGUCAAAGGUCGACAGAAGAGAUUCUUGUAAAAUCGAAGGAUUCAAGGGUGCUUAGUAUCACCGCAGGAACUUCUGCAUUAUCGCGGCACGGACGGUCUUGGAAACUGUAUAAAGUCCUGGGAAGGCAAUAUUCUUGGACGAGGGAGGAUGGCAGGGUAUACGGGGAUAGGACUAUUGGAUUUCCUGGUUGAGGAAGUUAAGCCAGCUUCCUAGAGUGUGCGGUAGGGGAGUAUAGGUUAGGUGGGCGUACGGACGUUGUAAGUUAGACAUAAUAGAUCACGUGGAUAAAUCUAAUUUCUAAUUAGCGACUGUCGCCAAUUUCCCAAGGACUCCUUAAAUAGAAUCCGUCCUCGAGGACGUAGAUACAAUUGCGAGAUAGAUAAAUCUCUUAGCGUGAUCUCGUACAUGGACUAAAGUGCUUACGGAACACUUUGAAGGGUUCUUAUGUGCUGGAAAAAUAAGGUUCGUUUCUGAAGUAAGGAUAUUCAUGAGGAUGGGGUUUAAGGACCUUGGUGUGCCGUAAAACUAUGUUAUUUAUUUAAAGCUUGCCAGGGGAAAAAAAAAAGCGACGCCGAUAGCGUCGGUCUGUCAUUCUUAUGCAGAUGUCGACGUGGGUGGCUGUUGUCACGAGGUCACUCAACCCAUAGUCGUAAAGAUGAAUUCUUAUUUUAAAAGAAAAUUGCUCAUACGUGUUUACUGCUCGUUGAGAAAUGUUAUUUGUCAAAAUAUCUAUGGAUUGGAUAAUAAAGGAUUUUCAAUGAAUUAUUUAGGUGUGGAGAGUACCUUAAAUGUUAUGUAGGGUGAGUAAAGAAAAAAUAGGUCGUUCUAACGACUCACGUCACUCGGCACAGAGCGACGUCAUUCAACGCGUUAUUCGUUUCGAAUGCGGCCGUUUAACGAUUACGUCAAGGCUGACAUAUAACAAUGAGUGUUCCACGAAGAAAUCUGGGACUUCCAACGUCUACGUCUUGGCCAAUAAGCUUUUGUGACAAAAGGAUGAUGAAGGGAACUCUGGAACUGGGGAAACAACGUCCGGAGGCUUACGAAGUAUGACAAGAGCACUCAGCCUGAAGCUUUUCCAACGACACGUUUAAUUUUCCAAGAGACGACUUGUCGGGUGAACCCAUUUUCCUCAAUUUCGUGUCUUGUCUCCUCAAUGUGAACGAGGCUUUAUAAAUGAGAGCGAACGUCACGUUCAGGAUCUUCAUUCAGCGGUACAAAAGUGACGCGACGGCUGAUUCAUUCCGUAUCAUUCCCGCUAAACGUCAACAAACAACUAAUCGCAUUAGAUUUCGAAACUGGACGCCAGGCGUUCUCAGUACGACGCUUUUUAAUCAACACGUCUUUACAGAGUAUCGUCAGGGUUCGUUAACCCUCUCGAUAAUAAUUUUUAUUUUCGUAACGCUCGCUUCGGUCGUCGAUUUGACUCUAGCAGUACCGCGCAUGCGCACAGCGGACGUACACGCCAGUAAUGGACGCUCGCACGGAAUUACUGCCGCGGCAGGAAUACCCGGCAGGCUAUGCGACUUGUUUUCUUGAAAAUCGACUGAAGAAACAAAAUGACAUACGAAAUACUCCAAGUGAAAUACAUAAAAUCCAUCGUUAGUAGGAAAUUAUUGACAGUUGGACGGUUUUACGUGUCCACCUGCACGAGACUGUCCCGACCGACCACGGUGGAGCAGAACUGCGCAGAAAUCUUUUUGGAAUUCGCUGACGGUGACUCACGGGAAUGUGUAAAUUCAAGAAUCCGGGUCCACAGCCCACGGGUCACGGACGACGAGGACUCGGUCGAGUCCCUCAAGGCCUGUUGUAUACCUAACGUUGGUAUUUCACCCCAAGUUGUUGGCAACACUGGUGGUUAAGGCUACGCCACUGGAUUCCUGACGUUUCGACAUUCUUAGUUGUUUAAGGAGUGGAUGAGAUUAUUUGGAUGCAAGAUAUAUGCCAAUGACUACGUAUACCUAUGGAUGGCUUACGUGGACACUGUUGCAUUAUGAAAAAUUGCACGAAGCCAAUGGCGCAGGCGCAAUUUAUUAUUACAGGGAGAACGAAGUACACUGGAAAAAUCGAUUUCGCUAAUAUUUUCUUCGAUUCCGACCAAACCCAUUGGUUAUCGUUAGGUGGAAGGACGCGUGAGUUAAGGAGAAAAUGAAAGGUUUCCCAUAUGUUGAAUUACGAGAAAUAAAUAUUGCAUUGUCGUAACACGAGAAAGUAAGACCAAAAGACUGGUACGGCGUGGCUGGUCUGUGUCUAUGUGAUAGAAAAAAAAAAACUGUACACAAAAAAUCCAACAUGGAUACCACGUGAAAAAUUUAAAUUUUCAAGAAUACACUUUCUUUUUCGCAUUUUCAGCACACCC